AUGAUUACUCCAGGGGAACAAGGCAACUUUGAGACACUACGUACUGUUGAGGCUCCCAAAUCCAGCAUUGGAGAGGACAAGGACAAGCCCUCACCUGGUAGCAACGCAGGAGCCAAGCCAGCCAUUGUUGGUGACCAAGACGACCCAGAUGUCCGCAAUGCCACUGACCACGUUGCCAAGUGGACCAACCUUGGGCCAGACAUUGAGAUGCGGGACGCCAACAAGGGACUCAAGACCAUCAAGCCUGAACAACCUUGCAUCUCCCCAAGGAAGCUUGAACUCAAGCAAUCUUCUAUGCGUUGA